CAUCUGUUAAAAUAAGGAACUGCUGUUUUGAAUUUAUAUUAAUUUAUUGUAUGGUUAUAGCAAUGUUUAUGAACCUGUUUGUUCUCAAAGUACUACUAUAAAAAUAUACCUUUGAAAUAAAUCAUUAUUAAAUUUAUCUAUUGAUAUUAUCAUGGAUUCGUACAUAAUACAGGUCAGACGUAUGUGGUUAAAUCAGGAUGGAGAUUCUUUAGCGGAUUUACUAUCUUUGAGACAUAGCCAUGUCUCAAUUCCUCAAAUGGUAUCUGAAACUGCGAUGAAAAAAGUAAUGGAACAUUUAUCUGCCCCCCUCGAUGACUUGGUACUUUACCACUUAAAAACUAUAGUUGCAAUGAACAAGGAUGAUCCAUUGGCUAUGUAUAAUUAUCAAAGUUCCGCAGUGCAGUCUUUAACAAAGAUCCUUCAAAUACAAAAAGAAGAGAACUGGAUGUUACCUGUUAUGAAUGUGAUGUGUUUAGAAUUAAGACUGUUGGCAGUGUGUGCUGAAAAUACAAAGACCAAUAAAAGUAUGAAACCUGGAGAAAUCUUAGAAAAGUGUGCAGAUUGUCUAAUGGGCUGCUUUCGAGUAUGUGCUUGCGAUAACCGCAGUUCAGAAGAUGACACAAAAAGAUGGGGAAUGCUGACAUUAGUUAAUCAGUUAUUGAAGAUUUACUUUAGAAUUAACAAACUUCACUUGUGUAGGCCUUUGAUAAGGGCAAUAGAGUCAUCUCCAUACAAAGCUCAUUUUGCAUUGGCACAACAAAUUACUUAUAAAUUUUUUGUGGGACGUAAGGCAAUGUUUGAUAGCGACUACAAAGCUGCUGAUGAACACCUGACUUAUGCAUUUGAACAUUGUCAUAAACAAUCAUCAAAAAACAAACGAUUAAUUUUGACAUAUCUUGUACCAGUAAAGAUGUUAUUAGGAUACAUGCCGAAACAUAGCUUGUUAGAAAAGUAUAAUUUAAUGGAAUUCUGGGAAUUAAUGGAAGCUGUUAAAAAAGGAGAUUUACGUAAUCUUGAGAAAGUGAUGGAUAAACAUGAAUCAUUCUUUAUAGGAGCUGGAAUAUACUUAAUUGUGGAGAAAUUGAAAAUUAUAGCUUACAGAAAUUUAUUUAAAAAAGUAUAUUUAGUGCUGAAUAUACAUCAGAUUCCAAUUCAAAGCUUACUAUUGGCUCUGCAGAUGCACGGGAUCGAGGAUAUUGAUAUGGAUGAAGUAGAGUGCAUUGUUGCAAACUUAAUAUACGAAGGAAAAAUUAAAGGAUACAUAUCUCAUCAACAUAAGAAGCUGGUCAUCUCUAAACAAAAUCCCUUCCCUCGACUUUCAACGAUACCUUAAUCAUUAUUGAUUUAUUUAUUUAUGUAUUUUUAAUUAAUAAGUUAAAGUUCUGUAACAUUGUUACUUUUCAAAACUUUACUUACAAGAAAGUGAUAAUUAAUUAUAUGUAAUUGUAUAUAAAUACAUUAAAUGAAAUUGUCUUAAAGAAUA